AUGCAGUCCCAGCUCCACCACUCCGGAGCGAUUCAGUCCCAGCUCCACCACUCCGGAGCGAUUCAGUCCCAGCUCCACCACUCCGGAGCGAUUCAGUCCCAGCUCCGCCACUCCGGAGCGAUGCAGUCCCAGCUCCGCCACUCCGGAGCGAUGCAGUCCCAGCUCCACCACUCCGGGAGCGAUUCAGUCCCAGCUCCGCCACUCCGGAGCGAUGCAGUCCCAGCUCCACCACUCCGGAGCGAUGCAGUCCCAGCUCCACCACUCCGGAGCGAUGCAGUCCCAGCUCCACCACUCCGGAGCGAUGCAGUCCCAGCUCCGCCACUCCGGAGCGAUGCAGUCCCAGCUCCACCACUCCGGAGCGAUUCAGUCCCAGCUCCGCCACUCCGGAGCGAUUCAGUCCCAGCUCCGCCACUCCCGGAGCGAUUCAGUCCCAGCUCCGCCACUCCGGAGCGAUUCAGUCCCAGCUCCACCACUCCGGAGCGAUUCAGUCCCAGCUCCGCCACUCCGGAGCGAUUCAGUCCCAGCUCCGCCACUCCGGAGCGAUUCAGUCCCAGCUCCACCACUCCGGAGCGAUGCAGUCCCAGCUCCACCACUCCGGAGCGAUGCAGUCCCAGCUCCACCACUCCGGAGCGAUUCAGUCCCAGCUCCGCCACUCCGGAGCGAUUCAGUCCCAGCUCCGCCACUCCGGAGCGAUUCAGUCCCAGCUCCGCCACUCCACUUCUUUUGUGUUAUUGA